UUACUCAAGCGGUUCUCUGCAAGGCGCUUGGUUAUUGCAGGCCCAUGUGGUGUAAACGUAAACCGGCCUUAGGUAGUAAAUAUAUUUGAAAACGUUUUGUUUCUAUAGGUGCACAUCUGAAUGGUCAUUAUUUGGAGUGAGUGAAAAGUUGGAAAUGUUGAAGGAAGCGCUUGAAGGGCAAGUUACAGUUGUCUGUAACGUCAUUGCUGCCUCUGUGCAGUUCCAGGUGGAGCCGGUGGGUCGGUGGUUCGAGGCUUUCCUGAAGCGCAGGGACAGGAAUGUGUCUGCCUCCUUCCAGGAGCUGGAGGAGGAGGAGGAGCUGGAGGAGGAGUCAGAGGAUGAGGAGUUGCAGUUGGAAGAAUAUCCCAUGCUGAAGACGCUGGAUCCCAAGGACUGGAAGAACCAAGAUCACUAUGCUGUGCUUGGAUUGGCUCACUUGAGAUACAAAGCAACUCAGAGGCAAAUCAAAGCUGCUCAUAAAGCCAUGGUGUUGAAGCACCACCCAGACAAAAGGAAAGCGGCGGGAGAACAGAUUGUGGAAGGAGACAAUGACUACUUCACCUGCAUCACUAAAGCUAUAGAGAUUCUGUCAGACCCCGUGAAGCGCAGAGCUUACGACAGCAUUGAUCCGACCUUUGACAACACCGUGCCCUCCAAGAGUGAGGGGAAGGAGAACUUCUUUGAUGUAUUUGUGCCCGUUUUCGAGAGAAACUCCAGAUGGACCUCAAAAAAGCAUGUCCCUAAACUAGGAAGUAUGGAUUCAACCUUUGAGGAGGUGGAUAGUUUCUAUUCCUUCUGGUAUAACUUUGAUUCCUGGAGGGAGUUUUCCUACCUGGAUGAAGAAGAGAAGGAGAAAGCAGAAUGCCGAGAUGAAAGAAGAUGGAUCGAGAAGCAGAACCGGGCAUCGCGAGCGCAGAGGAAGAAGGAGGAGAUGAACAGGAUACGGACACUCGUUGAUACAGCAUACAGCUGCGAUCCGAGAAUAAGGAAGUUCAAGGAGGACGAAAAAGCCAGGAAGGAGUCGGAAAAGAAAGCCAAGGCUGAGGCCAAGCGGAAGGAGCAGGUGGAGCGAGAAAAGGCCAGGCAGGCGGAGGUGGAGGCGGCAAGACAGGCUAAGGAGAAGGAAGAGGAGGAAGCCAAACAGGCCGCUCAGCAGGCCAAGAAGGAGAAGGAGGUACAGAAGAAGGCCAUCAAGAAGGAGCGGCAGAAGCUGAGGACCAGCUGCAAGAACUGGAAUUACUUUUCUGAUAAUGAGGCAGACAGUGUGAAAAUGAUGGAAGAGGUGGAAAAACUCUGUGAUCGUCUAGAGCUAAUGAGUCUGCAGUCGCUGAACGAGGUGAUGCUGUGUGGCUCCAAAGAGGAGGCCAAGGCUGCUGUGGAGAAGCAGAUCCAGGAGGUGAACACACAGCUGCUGCAGGAACGGGAGGCGGAGCUCGCAGCUCGACAAGCUGCCCGAGGGGCGGAGCAAGGUGGAGGCGGGGGAGGGGCUGGCAGCGGCAACAAAGGCUGGAACGAAGAUGAGCUACAGCUGCUGAUUAAAGCCGUGAAUCUUUUCCCGGCAGGCACCAGCGCCAGAUGGGAGGUGAUCGCCAACUACAUGAACUUGCACUCCACCAGUGGCAUCAAAAGGAAUGCCAAAGAUGUCAUCAAUAAGGCCAAGAAUCUGCAGAAGCUUGAUCCCCAGCAAAAAGAUGAGAUCAACAAGAAAGCUUUCGAGAAGUACAAGAAGGAGCAUGUGGCUGUUCCUGCCACCGCAGACAACGCAGCGCCUUCAGAGAGAUUUGACACAUCUGGCACAGAUAUUAGCUCAGCAGCCUGGACGACAGAAGAACAGAAGCUUCUAGAGCAGGCCCUGAAGACCUUCCCAGUGAGCACCCCGGAAAGGUGGGAAAAGAUCGCUGCUACUGUUCCGGGUCGCAGCAAGAAGGACUGCAUGAAACGAUACAAGGAGCUGGUGGAGAUGGUCAAAGCCAAGAAGGCGGCCCAGGAACAAGUAACAACUGCUAAGAGUAAAAAAUGACCAGAAUAAACCCCCCAACCCUUAAUCAUCUUUCUUUUAAAUGUUGUUGCAUUGUCUUUAUU